GUUCGGGAAAGGUAUGUCAAUAAACACAUCUGCCGAGAACCAUAAUAAUAAUUUAUGCAAUGAGCUGAGAGGAUUGUUUGUGGAAUGUAGUUAAUCAUCCCUGUUGUGCGUUGCUUGUUAUUUUAUUCAUUGAUUGAUUGAUACAAUUUAGGAAACUCAACGGAGAUGGCAGGUGUGAGUGAAAGUGUUUGCUCUAUUCACAAGAUGCGUCUCGAUCGAGAAUGCGCGACACACAAGAUGCAAAUUUGUUCAGGGUGCGAUAUUGUGGAUCACAAGAAUUGUCAGAUACUAGGGCCCCAGAUUCCACUUCAGAGUUUCCUUCUGUCUAUUUCCACAGUGAGUGAGUUGAUAGAAUGUCAAUUGUACAUGUUAGGAAAAGAUAAAGAGAAAGCUAGCGACACUGUGAAAGAGAGAUGUCGUCUCUACAAAGACUUCAUAGAAAAACUGGAACGGCGUUCUUUACAAGAUAUCGAAAACGGUUUCCACAAGCAGGCAACUCAGUUGUGCGAGUUGAAAAGUAAGUUUGCAAGUUCUUUGAAAAUGAAAUCAGAUGUAGAAGAGACUAAAAAUACCACAAACGAUGUUUUAAAAUCGUGUUUGAUAUCGAAGUUGACCGCCAUAGAAAAAGAACCACAGAUAGCAUUGCUCAGUGAAAUGGCAGCCAAUUUUCUGAAGAGAGAGACGCCAUCUUACCUCCUGAAAUUUGAAGUUUCCGAAACCUUUGAAAAGGCCAUCUCCGAGAACGAAAGUCUUGGAGAGGUCUCAUUACCUGAUUUGAUUGGAAAUACUCACGUAUCAGAGAAACGACUCUUGCGGGACAGCGAUUAUAAAGGUAAUCUACCCAUGAACCCCACAGCGCCACUGAAUUUCGAUCUGCCUUCAUACGAGGAAAUAAUUGAAGGUCAAGACACAAAGGAAGAAAUUGGAGUAAAUCCCCAUUAUAAUGUCUCUACCCACGUCUUGCAUGACACUGUCAAUCCAACAACUGUAGCCACUGGAUACAGUGUGCCCCAGCCUUCCGUGCCAGCUCCGUAUCAGAGCAUCGGUGUAUCUGGCAAAUACAUGGCAUUUCAUCCACAGACACACAACCAACCAUAUACAGAUCUUCCCAUGGGUUGUCAAGAAUAUGUUCAUCCAUUUCAUGAAAGUGCUGCAAAACAAAGCACAACCCCAAACGUCUUAUCAUCCUUUGAAUCGGCUCCAAGUACGCCACCAAAGCAACUCAAAUUUCUCUCAAACAUUCAUCCUAGAUAUAUUGACGAAAGCGAAGGAGCUGAAAUAUCUGGAGUAACUUUUCUGGCCAAUGAGCAUAUUGUUAUUUCUGAUAAAGCGAACCAAUCAAUAAAAAUGUAUGACGAUAUGAAUAUUCUGCUCGUACACAGAAAACUUGAACAUAAACCUUAUGACGUCACACAAAGCCCAAGGGGCGAUAUAGCUGUUGCAGUCCCAAAAGAUCACAGGGUGAUAUUUUUGAGAUCACAUGACCUGUCAACGGUUCCAAAUCAGUGGAUCAAUAAUCCGAAAGCCAAAUGCUACGGGUUGGCAUCAAGUGAUUGCUACAUUUUUGUCAUUUGGAAAGAAAAUGACGCAUCGGACAGUAUACGCAUUUACAAUGAAAAUCACUCCGAGAUAAGAAAAAUCGGAUUAUCAGUGGAACGAUAUUUGGUGGUAAACCCAACAACUCAAGAUCUUUUCUAUCGGGUUCUCAAUUUUGGUAACGACCAAAUCAAGUGUACCAAUGCCUUCAGCGACAAAAAGACGAAAUGGAAAGUUAAAGUCCCAGCACCAACAAUAGAAGGGCUUGCACUUCUAAAAUCAGGCAUAAUUGUGUCGUCACAAGUUUGGGUACAGUUCGUAGAUUGGAGUGAUCAACAUUUCACGCCUCUUUUGGAUCUGAGAAAUGGAAAACAUAUAACGGUUAACAGAAGCAGGUCCAAAAUAGCACUGGUUGUUAACGAGGCGAAUCCAUUUGAUGAUAAGGACGAUGUCGUUCAAAUUUAUGAUAUCAUUUACUGACUGGGAAGAAUAGUAUUUGCAUUUUUGUGUAUUACCCUUGGGGGGGGGGGGGGCACUAUUGUAUAUUUCUCUUCAUACUGUAAGGCUUUGUCAUAAUAUAUCCAUAUCAACAUCGCGUUGAGUAUUCUAAAGGACAUCAUUUUCACAGACGAUUACAGUUGUGGGUGAUA